GUGCGUGUGGCGUGGUGUGGCAUGAAGCAAUGACUGACGUCUUUAAAAGUGAGUGGCCAUGUUGACAGUGUCCCUCAACCCAACACCUCCCCGUUUUUUAACUGACUGUUCAGUACAGCCCCGUUUCCGUACAGUUGAAAGUUCCAGAACGUAAAAACGUGCUGUUGUUUCCACUUUAUUGAUUUACUAAAUAACCAAUAGACGACUACAUGGGCGUGGAUUCGCGACAGCGUUUACGGGAAUUGACAAGACGCUUGCUUGGAAGAGCCAUCGCCGAGAUUUAGCAACUUCAUUGUACAGGAUUUAAAACCCUUAUCAAUGAUACGUGCUCAAAAACAUCAUCAUAAUAUGAUAAUAUAAGUAGCCUACAUUGAUAUUUGGCCGUUCAUGAAAGAGAAAGUUAUUUUUUUCAGACAUUCGUGGACGGCAUAAAGUCAUAGACAUAGUGAAUGCCUCGAAACAAGGCAAUGGACAUGGGCAGGCAACUGUUGGCAAAGAUGCGGAGGACGAGGAAGGGCAAGUUCACGCCAAUCCCUGUAUUAGCACAGGGCCUCGAGGUCCACUUCUACCUGCGAGACUCUCACCAGCUGGAGUUUCUCCAGGGUUGUUACACUGCUGAGGAGCUGUGCACAGGGGCAGCCAAGAAGUGUGGCAUUUCACCUCUUUGCUUCAAUCUGUUUGCCUUGUAUGACGAGGGCAUGGACAUCUGGUACCCUCCCAAUCACACCUUCAAAAUCGAGGAGAGCACCUGCUUAAAGCUCCACUAUCGCAUGAGGUUCUACUUCACCAACUGGCAUGGUGCGAAUGACAAUGUGCCACGUGUUUGCAGACAUGCCCUCAAGACAAAGAACGGCAAUGGGCUGAAGACCGAAUCAGGGGGUACGGCACUCCUUGAGGCUGCCUCACUGAAGUAUCUGUUUGCCCAGGGUCAGCAUGACUUCCUGAAGGGGUGGGCCGCAGUGCGCAACCCUCAGAAUGAAGAGGAGGCCCACUUUAUUGAGAAUGAGUGCCUGGGGGUGGCAGUGUUGUCUAUCACACACAAUGCCUUGGAGAAGAACAUUGGCAACCCAUAUUUAGCAGGACAGAUCAGCUAUAAGAAAUACAUCCCAGAGAGCGUGAACCAAAUCAUCAAGCAGCGGAACUUCCUGACACGACUCCGCAUCUCCCGGGUGUUUCAGCACUUCUUUAACGAGUUCAACAACAAGACAGUGAAGAGCAACAAAGUCAACACCCAUGACAUCAAGGUCAAAUACUUGGCUACGCUGGAGACGCUGACCUGUGAGUUCGGCUGUGAGAUGUACAAGCCUGAAGUGCUACGUGUGACUGACAGCGAAGGGGAGAUGGAAGGAACACCCACUUCCUGUAACCAGGGUCAGCCCACCCAGUACCAAGUCCUUGUGUCUGGAAAUACAGGGAUCAAGUGGCGGAAGAUGCAACAGAAUAAUGCAUGGACUGCCAAAGAGAAGAAAAAAUCAAAAAAGUACAAAACCGACAUCAACUGGAAGAACAAACCAGCUCAAGACGUUUCGAAUGACUGGAAAACCUUCUCUGAUUUCUAUGAGAUUACACACAUCAACAUCAAGGGCUCCACAGUCACUGUCCACAAGCAGGACAACAAAAAGAUGGAACUGAGCCUGGGUUACCAUGCAGAGGCAUUGUCUUUUGCCACCCUCAUUGAUGGAUACUUCCGUCUGACAGUGGAUGCACAUCACUUCCUGUGUACAGAUGUGGCCCCUCCCUCCGUGGUACAGAACCUGCAGGAAGGCUGUCAUGGUCCAAUCAGCAUGGACUACACCUCCCACAAGCUGCGUCAGGAGGGCAGGGAGGAGGGCAUGUAUGUGCUGCGCUGGAGCUGCAUCGACUAUGACCACAUCAUCCUGACUGUCAAAUGCAAUGAAGUGAACCAGACCGAUAGCCAUCCGUACCGUAGCUUUAAGAUCGAGGUGGGGCCGGAAGGCUACGGCCUGAGUGGUACAGCUCUGAGGCAGCCCUCUCUCGGGGAGCUGAUGGAACAGCUGAUGGGCCAGAGACUUAGUUCAGACGGAGUCUUCUUCCAGCUCCGCAAGGCCUGCCCUCCGCAGCCCAGAGAAAUGUCUAACCUGCUACUAGUGACAAAGAGAGAUGGGGAGCCGACCGACCCUGUACAGAGUCAUGUCAUCUUCCACAAGAUCCUCAACGAGGACAUAGUGCAGGAGGAGCACUUGGGCUGUGGCACCAGAACUAACAUCUAUGCUGGCAAAUUUAAGAUAAAGAGUGAGGAAGAGAAGGAUGUGUGGGGUUCCCAAACCUACCACGAGGUGAAAGUGGUCCUGAAAGUGCUAGGGUCCCAACACAGAGACAUGUCUAUGACUUUCUUUGAAACGGUCAGUAUGAUGCGUCAGGUGUCCCAUCAACACAUCACUCUGCUGCACGGUGUCUGUGUUCGCAACCAUGACAAUAUCAUUGUGGAGGAGCAUGUGACGCUGGGUCCUCUGGAUGUGUUCAUGCGGGGACAUCGUCUUGAACUCAGCACCUCCUGGAAGUACCAGGUGGCCAAACAACUGACCGGCGCCCUCAGCUACCUGGAGGAUAAGAAGCUGGUCCAUGGCUAUGUGUGUGCUAAGAACGUCCUAGUGGAGCGGGAUGGCCUAGAGGGAGAGACUGGGCCCUUCAUCAAACUGAGUAGCCCCGGGGUCUCCAUCUCCGCACUCAACAUACAAGAGUGUGUGGAGAGGAUCCCGUGGAUCGCCCCAGAGUGUGUGAGGAACAGCCAGGCCCUGAGUGUUGCGGUGGAUAAGUGGGGAUUUGGCACCACACUGUGGGAGAUCUGCUAUGAGGGAGUGGCUCCUCUCAAGGACAAGAAACUCAUAGAGAAGGAGAUGUUUUACUCAGCCCAGUGUUCCCUGGUGACCCCAGACUGCCCUCAGCUGGCUGAGCUCAUCACCAAGUGCAUGAACUACGACCCCAAGAGGAGGCCAUUCUUCAGGGCCAUUGUCAGGGACCUCACCGGGGUAUCCGAGCAGAACCCAGUCCUGCCACCUGGUAGGGUGCCCAUCCAGGAAGUGGACCCCACUGUUUUUGAUAUUAGGUUCCUCAGGAAAAUUGAUGACCUGGGAGAGGGUCAGUUUGGUAAGGUGGAGCUGUGUCAGUAUGACCCCCGUGGGGAUGGCCGAGGGGAGCUGGUGGCGGUCAAGUCUCUGAAGUCAAACGGCAAAGGCCAGCUGGCCUGCCACCUGAGAAGAGAGAUAGAUACCAUGAGAGAACUCUACCACCACAACAUUGUCAAAUACAAAGGAGUGUGUAGCGAGGAGGGUGGGAGGACCACUAAGCUGAUUAUGGAGUACCUGCCAGCGGGGAGCCUGAAGGACUACCUUCCCAAAAGAAAACACCAGACUGACCUCAAGAGACUUCUCAACUACGCCCUCCAGAUCUGCCAGGGAAUGGAUUACUUGGGAUCCCAGCGGUUCAUCCACCGGGAUUUGGCGGCCAGGAACGUUCUGGUGGAGAACGAGAGCACGGUGAAGAUCGGAGACUUUGGCCUGACCAAGAGCAUGAAGGAGGACAAGAGUUACUACACUGUCAAAGAGGAAACGUUCAGCCCUGUGUUCUGGUAUGCUCCUGAGUGCCUGAUGGACUGUAAGUUCUACCCUGCGUCUGACGUGUGGUCUUUCGGAGUGACCCUCUAUGAGCUAAUGACCUACUGCGAGCCAAGCAGCAGUCCUAACACGGUAUAUAAGGAGAUGCUUCCAAAUAAAACCAAUGGUCAGAUGACUCUCACCCGAUUGGUGGAAGUGCUGAUUGCCGGCAGCAGGCUGCCCUGUCCACCUCGCUGCCCAGACACGGUAUACUCCCUGAUGAGGAGGUGUUGGGAGUAUGACCCGGCGAACAGGAUCCAGUUCAAAGGCCUGAUCACGGAGCUGGAGACGCUGCUGGACGAGAGGCACAGAGGAGAUAGACUGGCUGUCUACUGAUAGAGCUCACACAUAGAUGGAUAUAUAUAUAUACAUUUCUUGCACCAUCACCCUUUGAAUGGCACAAAUACUCAAUCCAUGUCUCAAGGCUUAAAAAUCAUUAUUUAACCUUUCUCCUUCCCUUCAUCUACACUGUUUGAAGGGGAUUUAACAAGUGACAUCAAUAAGGGAUCAUAGCUUUCACCUGGAUUCACCUGGUCAGUCGGUCGUGGAAAGAGCAGGUGUUCUUAAUGUUUUGAACACUCAGUGUAUAUGCCAUUUAGCAAACACAUCUAUCCAAAUAGACGGAUGGAUGGAUGAAAAGACUGACAGACAGACGAAUGUCAGUUAGCGGAACAGACAGAUGUGUGUUAGCACAGAUAGACUGACAGACUGACAUUGACUACUACAGACAUAAAAAUAGACGUAAUCUAGCACAGACACACAAAGACAGACAGACGUCAACCAUCACAGACAGGCAGAAGGACAAAAGCUACAUUUUUUUUACAAUGCAGAAACAAAUUGCCCAGAUGUGGGCUUGAUUUAUAUACUUUUCCACAUACUGUACAUAUACAGUAACUCAAAAGUAUUCUGACCAUCAAAUGCAUGCUGCUGUCAUUCAAUAUUUUCUAUAGUACAGUAUUUGUUUCUUUCUUUUUACAAGCUAUUGAUACACAUUGUAAGUUAAAUAGGACCUUUUUGGAUAACUGAGUUAGUUCAUUUUGUAAGGAUGAAAGACAUCGAGGCGGUAAUUUGCGUUAGCCAACAAACAGAUAGCUUUUCAUAACUUUUUUGUUAGCCGGUGUCAGAGGUGUAACCAAUGAUGUAUAUAAACCCUGGAUUGCUGAUGCUAUGCAUUGGCCAAUGAGAGGCUUUGAAGGCAACGGUUGAGUAUAUUGGCAUUCCCCUGAAAAGCAGUCCUCCAUACGAGUUCUACAGUAUUUCAAUUAAUUGUUUCAAGGACAAAAUUGCAUAUAUUUAAGUACUUUUCAUGUUGUAUCGGAGACAUAUUUUUUUUAAUGUUUAGCUCAAAUAAUAUAAUUCAAAUAUAUGCAUUAACUUGUCUGUAAUAGAAGACAUGUGGCAACAACAAAUGCAUUCUAUAGCUUCCAAGCUAUUUUUUACAAUGGUGAGUGGAGUGCCCCCUGUCAGUCAUCUAGUGUGUAAAUAUACAUUAUUGGGUGUAAAGUUUACUACAAGCUCUACGCAGGCGCAAGAUUCGGAGUGUUGCAAAAAAGGGGCGGCUCCUUGUAAUAGGCUCCGGCAGUCAACUGUGGGGGUAGUGUUGUCACUUGGUUCCUUGAUCUAAUCUGUAGGCUACAGAGGCUAUUCAUCAUCAAAGUAGCCCAUUUUGCAUUGAAAUAUAUUCUCAGUGACUGUUUAAACAGUAAACCAAACAACAAGAAUCCAACCAAACAACAAGAAUCCACCCAAAAGGCAUUUAGUUUAUUAGUAAUAACUAGUGAUUCAGGCUAUUGUGAAAUGGUAGAACCUGCUGUAGUCAACUAGCUAGCCAUGUGCAUUUUUCUCCAUUACCAAAACAUGAUGGUCUAUGUUUAGCUGAUAUGGGAAUGAAUAGACAAGCAGCAUAUCAAACUGGGAUAAUGUUUUAGGUUACACCAGCAAGUAUACAAAUAUUUUCCAGGGCAUAUUUUUUUUAAAUUAUAAAUCGGAUUAUUUCACAUGGAGAUGUGGGAAGGUAUAAAGGCAAGUUAGCUUGAAAUGCUUUAGCCAGGCUAAAGCUAGCUAGCCAUGCUGCCAGCUAGAUACUACUAGCAAGGGAAGGCAAUUCUUCCUUGCCUUCACAAAAUGGAAAGACUAAAAUAUUAAAACUUUGCUAUUGCCCCCUAGUCAAUGGGAGUGGAACCGGUGAGGGUAUCAUGUUAAUGAAGGUGUCCGCUACUCUAAAAAUCCCGCUCCACCCACGUGUGUACACGUAGAUCAACAGAGUAAAGUUUGUAGUAACCUUAACACUUCAAUAGCUUUCACCCCAUAAUUGAUUUAACCUUUAUUUAACUAGGCUAGUCAGUUAACUGUGUCAAAACUGUCAAAUCUGUGAGCCCAAUUGAGUAGAUUAUAUCACACAUUCCAGUGUUCAAACUGCUGCAUGGGGUUUCUACUUAUCAUGCGACUAGGUGCGUCCAAUUGCAAUAGGUAACACAGGGGACCCUUGUGGAUUUGACAGCUCUUAACGCAGUUAUACCUCCGACAGCGCCUAAACAAAAGCAAUGAAAGCAAUGCAUUUGUUGGCUAAUGCGGGUUACCGCUGAUCUGAUUUAAGCCUGGCCUGCAUCUUUAAGGCAUGCACUUUUAAUAUUAUUUUAUAAUACGCUAAGGAUUCUAAACUGCGAGAAUAUCUCCUACAAUUUUGGGCCGAUUUUCUUCAUUUUAGGCUCAUCGUCCCACAUGGGAUUAUCCACUUCAUAUUCCGCUGUGUUUUGUAUACAUUUUCCUGGUUUAUGUGUUUGGAAUGGCACGGUUGCUAUUGCAUCAUCCUGCCAAAACUCUGAAUCGAUAAUCACUUCCUAAGAAGGAAUUCACCUCGACCACGCCCAACAAAUUGGUGAAAACAAUGUUCUUUCCCAUUGACCCCCAUUGUAAAAGAGCCAACUUGGUUGUUUUUUCUUGUUAUACAAAUAAAUCUGAAAAGCUGGUAUGUUGUUCAAUGUAACCAGACAGGGCCGGCAAUAUGGGCGGGCCUUAGGGGGCCUGGCCUGCUCUACCCGUACCUCCUUACCCGUCCAAAUAAAAUACUGAUAAUUUUUGGGACCGAGACGCACGCCGACAGAAAUACUCAUCAACCUCAGAUAAAACAUCCGAGCAAGCAAAACAGCGCCCCUCUGUCUCAGUAUGUGUAGACCAUGUAUCUGACGUAAGGCAGAGGGGUGCUGUUUCGCUCACUCGGAUAUUUUCUCCGGUGAGAGUUUCAGCAGAGAGGAAGAGGUGAAGCGAGGGGGCUCACUGCGUUUCUAUGGGCAUAAUAUGCAGACCUAAGCUUGUCGCUUGCCUUCCUACCUUUGGGACAACGACUUCCAUUGUUUUAUAAAGGUUUUUUUUAAAGGGGUGGCUCAGCUUAAUAUUGCGGAAAGAUUGUUGCUUCCAUCAAUGUAAUUGUCUGCAUCAUUUCCAAUCCACCAUAACUUUUUUUUGGUAAAUAUAUAUAUAUCCAUAUACAUACAAGUACAUAUGCAUACAUACUGUAUACACAUAUACAUACACAUACCUAUAUAGAUAUACAUACUUUUUUUUAUUUUUAUAUAAGUUUAUUAUUCCCCACAAACCCUACCACCCUUCCCCCAAUUGGAGGGAACUAAUAAAAAAUAACACUUAGGCUUCUACCUUCAGUUUAUACAUCUUAUACACAUUUUACAGACACAAUCUAUUUUACAGUAGUUAUAUUUUGUUUGUUUUUAGUCCUUCCUCUAUUUCUGAUGUCCAUCCAGUUUGAUUUCUAUUUGUAACUGUUCUAUUUCACAAAAAUUCUGAACCUAUAUACAUUUUACAGACCCUGUAUGUUUUACGUUGGUUAUCUUGUUAUUAGUCCCACCCUUCAGCUCCAUUCAACCCCUCCCAUCUAUCUCUCAACACCAUUUCUAUUUGCCAUAUAUUUUUCAACUGUGCUGUGAUGCUUCACAAAAGUACUGAACCUUUCUAUUCUCAUAGCUUCUAGAGAUUGUAAAUGUAGAAAAACAAAAUUUGCUAAAAUAAUUAUUAUAUUAUUGAUUGAUUGACUAUGGCUUUUCAAAUCACCCAGUAUAGCUAUCUGUAGCGUUAUUUCUAGGCAAAUGUUGCAAUCUCUUCAGCCAUUCCUGGACCUGAGACCAAAAACGAGCUACAUAUGGACAAUACCAGAAUAAAUGAUCUAAUGACUCUGCCUCCUCACAGAAAAAUCUGCAGAGCUGGGAAGAUUGUAUCCCCCAUAUAUAUAUAUAUAUAACGUUCUAUUUGUUGCAAGAAUUUUGUAUCGUAAUUUAAAUUGAAAAAUUUAAAGUUUUGAAUCCGGCAUUGUUUUGCGUAUCAAUUCAUAAACCAUGUGCCAUGGAAUGGGUACAUCAAAAAUCUCUUCCCAACUAUUUUGCAAUUUAUAUGGCACAGCUGUCAGUUUUUUGGUCCUUCAAUGAAAUUGGUAUAUGUUUUUAUGUAUCACACUUUUCUUUCAUACAAGUUCCUUACCUUUUCCCCUUCUACUUGCCUCUUCCAUUUUUGUGGUAAUGCUGCAAUUAGUUGGUUGUAAGUUUGGGAAGAGCAGACAUUUCCAUAUGUCUGUGUUAGCUGCAUGUGUGACAACUCCACCAGUCCUAUUUAUGAUAUCAUACACUAAAAUUAUACCUUUUUUAUUUUUUUAAAUAUGUUUUUUUUUAAUCAAUUUGUAUAUUUGAGUUUAACCACAAUAUUUGUUGUAUUAUUUGUUCUGUCUUUUCAAGUGGAUUAAACUGAAAUUGCAACCAA